GGUUGACAAGAAAUAUUACUGUAACUGGGAGGACAACACAAGUGUUUUGAGAGGCAGUAUCAUAGCCGCGGCCUAAAAUAGCGUUUUAAAAGCCGAAAUUGACAAAAAAGAAAACGUUCUACAAGCGAUACUACAAUCGAAUAGCAUCACAACUGUUUUAAGGAAACUGUCAUAUCAUCCUUGCACUCUGAGAAGUAACAGGGGUUUCCAGACUACAACUUAAUAGAGAGGACUACAAUGAGAUUCCUGGAUACAGCGCUUUUUCUCGUUUUUACGCUGGGCUGUGUGACCAUUGGUCAGAUCAACGGCAAAGGCACAGUGUUUUUGGACCAGAAGGAGGCCAGUGAAGUCAUAAGCCGUCAGAAGAGAGCCAACGCAGGAGAUGAGGAAAAUACACUCCCUGCCAGCCUCGAGAGGGAAUGUCUUGAAGAGGUCUGCAGCUAUGAAGAAGCAAGAGAGGUGUUUGAGGACACAUAUCGCACUGAUAUCUUCUGGUCUGUGUACAUUGACGGAGAUCAGUGUGCUGAUCAGCCAUGUAAAAAUGGAGCCAUGUGCUCAGACAGUGUUGGAGGUUAUGACUGUAUUUGCAAAUCGGGAUUUUCAGGAGUCCACUGUGAGACAGAUCAGACAGUAUGUGUCAUAGAGAAGAACAAAGGAUGUAGCCAGUUUUGUAAGCCUGGCUUCCAGUCAUAUGAAUGUUCCUGUGCCCAUGGCUGGAAGCUGCAGCAGAAAGAGAAAUGUGUGCCUGCUGUGCCAUUUCCUUGUGGGAGGGUGAGCAGUUUGAGGCAGUGGGAAAACAGGCAGUCCAACAACUUAAAGUCUGACUAUCAAGGACUGAAUUGCAAUGUUGAAGAGUGCCCCUGGCAGGCUUUGCUGCGUAGUAGUGGUUCAAAUGGAUUUUGCAGCGGUGUCAUCCUCAAGGAGAACCUUGUUUUGACUACUGCACAGUGUGUCCGCAAGUAUAUUGACUUUCAAGUGGCUGUGGGCAAGAGGUUGCCAACUUAUGAACCUGGAGAGCAGAGCCUCUAUGUAAAGCAAGUCCAUGUGCAUCCUCUUUACAUGGAAGAUAAACCAGACAAUGACCUUGCUGUGGUGGAACUGAAAGACAGGAUUAUCUUUAAGAAGACUGUAUUGCCAGUUUGCCUUCCCGAUAGAGACUUUGCAGACAGUGUGUUGAUGUCAGGCGAGCACAUGGGUGUGGUUACUGGCUGGAAAGAUUCAUCACAGCUUCAUGGAAACCUUAUGCUAAAUCACCUGUCUUACAACAAACUGUCAACUUGUGUGGAGCGUCACUCUGGCCAGGUUACUAACAAGAUGGCAUGCACCCUGCCACGUCCUAAGGCUGACUGCAUUUUUGGCCCUGGCAGCCCUGUCCUCACAUUGUACCGAGAAGUCUUCUUCCUCACUGGCAUGGUGAGCCAGUUUCAAAAUAUGGAUUGCAAGAAUGGUUAUGUCCUUCAGAAAGUGUCUCGCUUCCUUCCCUGGUUGAAGCCUCUAAUGAACUCUAUAUAAAAGGUGGUAAAUGAUAAUCUCAGAAGUUGUACUUACAUAUAUGAGAAGUGUCUUAAUUUGUGAUAUGUGUCAUCUUAAUGUAUCUGUUCCCACUAUGCAGCAGUGCUUGAUGUCAUUGUUCUCUUUUAAUCUAAUAGUUAAGUGUGUUCAAGCCAAUCAGUUUUUCUUAGGAAUGACACAUUGAUUGAUAUCAUACCUCAUGUAUGUUUUUAUGUGUUUUUUAAUUUUCCUCACAAGUCUGUUUUUCAUUUUCUGUAAUCUGUCAAAAGGAAUCUACACAUGUACAGCUAUAAUAUUGCACAAAUAUAGACAAAUAUAAGACUUCUUUGCAUGACUUCUGUCAUAAUUAUUCAUAGCAAUCCAGUAUAUGGCAACUACAUCUUUCCUAUGUUCUCUAUGUUCAUCAUGCAAUACAACAUAGCUAUACAUAGACACUUUGCAUUAGGCACAGUCUCAGAAUGAUCAUUUAUCAUAUUAACAUACAGCUACAUUUCCCAUCUAACACUACAAAGUAAUGGUGUAGUGUUAUUAUUGUUAGACACAUGAUUAAACCAACCAUUAAAAAAUUUUAACCAGAA